CUUACAAGAGCCAUUGGCUCUCAUUUCGCCGCCUACGGUUUACACUGCUAGUAAAGUCUAGAGAAGUAUAAAUCAUGACCAGGCACGUUAGCACUGUAGACAACGCUGUAAACAGCUGCAUCAGGAAUCUUUGUAAGGCACUUGUUUUGCGUUUCUUAUUUCGAGGAAUUUUAUAAAUGGAAGCAUUUUGCCUGAUUUAACUGUCGAGGAAAAAGCAUCCGUUUACUUCGAGAUGCCAGCUGCUCUUAUGGACAACUUUGACAGGGGAAGUCCUUUCUCACAAAGUGAUUCUCAAAGUCCUCAAGACUGGAGCACAGUACAGUCAGAUGGCCAUAAACUUCAGCAGAGAGAGAAGAACAGAGAUGCAGCUCGCAAGACUCGUAGAAAACAGACAGAAAAGGCAGACAUUUUGCAUGAGAGGUUUUCAAUGGAGUUCAGGUCUGGAGAUUGGGCUGGCCAUGACAGGGUCUUGAUCCGGUGGUCCUCCAUCCACACAUUGAUUGACCUGGCUGUGUGGCAUGGUGCAUUGUCCUGCUGGAAAAAACAAUCCUCAGAGUUGGGGGAACACUGUCAGAGCAGAAGGAAGCAAGUUUUCUUCCAGGAUAACCUUGAACUCCAAACUCUAGAGCAGUCAAAUGCUGCAUAUGUGAAAGAAAUCGAUGAACUGAGGAAGGAGAUUCAAAUCUACACCACUGCUUUGGAACAACAUGAACCUCACUGCACUAAACUGUCCUUAUGUGGGCCGUCACUACCCAUUAGUGUUUGUCCGUCCACAGCAACACCCCCUACCUCUGAUUUCACCUUUGUGUCUGAACCCAACCCCUUGCAGGACCUUGGAUUCUUAUCAGCCUCUCCACAUAAUUCUCUAACAGACCUCCUUGACAGCAGCGAUUGGUCUUCUUGGGACUGACUCAGUGAAUGGUGAUGAGAGCUUACAGCAAUUUUGAAAUAUAUGAAAAAAUGAGAUGCUAUAUCAGUUAAGUUGCGACAUGGUCUCAUGAGAAUUUGUCACAAUACUACGAGGUAGCCAAUACGUACAAAGUCGUACAACUUAAUUUGUAUGAAAACUUAUGACUUAUACAUCAACCACACGCUUCAAACACGCUUCACGAACGCAUGUUCGGAACCCGGAAGUGUUGCUUUUUUUCCGUAUUACACAUCAGGGCUUUUAAAGGGUUAGUUCACCCAAAAAUGAAAAUUCUCUCAUCAUUUCCUCACCCUCAUGUCAUCUCAAAUGUGUAUGACUUUCUUUAUUCUGCUGAACACAGAGACAGGUUUUUAGAAGAAUAUUUCAGCUCUAUAGGUCCAUUCAAUAUAACUGAAUGGUGGCCAGAACUUUGAAUCUCCAAAAAGUACAUAAUGGCAGCAGUAGGGGAUUUAGGCAUGGGCGACAUGUGCGACAUGUACUGUUGCCCAGGGCGGCAUCUUGCGGUGGGGCGGCACGAGGCUUGCAGUGUAUAAACUGUAUAAUUUUUUGCAAAUUAACGUAUGAAUUGUUACGAAUUUGCCACCUCAUAAUAUUGUGAUGAAUUCUUAAGAGAUCAGGUUGUACGUUCUUAUUUGGUGAUAUGCCUUACACACAGUGGUGUAGUAGCGUCUGAAGAGGUGGGCAUACUGUGAAUUUAUGAACGACCCCCUGUUAUAUACAGUACAUAUGUAAAAUGUGCAAAAUAUAUAUUUUUUUCCCAAAAAAAAAAAAAAAAAAAAUUAGUCUCACAUGAAUUUCUAAAUGUAUAUCAGGGUAAGUUUCUUAUUGGCAUGGUAUACAGAACACUACUAAGAACAAUGGUAUGGUGACGAUGUUAAAUAUGUAUUUAAAUUUAUAGGUCUUAUUAAUGUUCCUUUCAUUAGGUUACUAUGAAAAUUACUCUAAUUAAUAAACUAAUACAUACAUAAUAUGCAAUAAACUGUUAAGCAUUGUAGCUAAUAUGAGUGAUGUUCACGUUAACACGUUAUCUUGUAUUACCAUAUAUAGCCUACGUAAUAAUUAAUGUUUUUUUUUGUUUUUUGUUUUAUUAAUGUACUAUAAUGUGCUUUUCUGUGUGUAUAGUGAAAUUGUUUUCCUACUAAGAAAUAUACAUUUAAAUUGUUUGAUAUCAUGAGAAAAAGGCACCACUGACAGCAGUAAAAGGCACACACACAAAAAAAGACAUUUAAUAUAAUUAUGGUACACAGUUGUCCAGCAUCUGCAAAGAGCAUCAAAAACUAGCAUGGGUGCAAUAACAUGCAGUAUUUUCACAAAGUUUAAUUGCAAAAGUUACAUUUAAAUGUAUAUACAGUUGAAUGUACAGUUUUCACAAUUCCUGACAUUUAAUCGUUGAAAAAAUUCCCUGUCUUAGGUUAGUUAGGACCACUAUUUUAAGAAUGUGAAAUGUCAGAAUAAUAGUAGAGAGAAUUAUUUAUUUCAGCUUUUAUUUCUUUCAUCAGAUUCCCAGUGGGUCAGAAGUUUACAUACACUUUGUUAGUAUUUGGUAGCAUAGCCUUUAAAUUGUUUAACUUGUGUCAAAUGUUUUAGGUUCCUUCCACAAGUUUCUCACAAUAAGUUGCUGGAAUUUUGGCCCAUUCCUCCAGACAGAACUGGUGUAACCGAGUCAGGUUUGUAGGCCUCCUAGCUCGCACAUGCUUUUAUCGGAUUGAGGUCAGGGCUUUGUGAUGGCCACUCCAAUACCUUGACUUUGUUGUCCAUAAGCCAUUUUGCCACAACUUUGGAGGAAUAUUGUCCAUUUGGAAGACCCAUUUGUGACUGAGCUUUAACUUCCUGGCUGAUGUCUUGAGAUGUUGCUUCAAUUUAUCCACAUAAUUUUCCUUCCUCAUGAUGCCAUCUAUUUUGUGAAGUGCACCAGUCCCUCCUGCAGCAAAGCACCCCAACAACAUGAUGCUGUCACCCCCAUGCUUCACUGUUUGGAUGGUGUUCUCCGGCUUGCAAGCCUCACCCUUUUUCCUUCAAACAUAACAAUGGACAUUAUGGCCAAACAGUUCACUUUUUGUUUCAUUAGACGAGAGGACAUUUCUCCAAAAAGUAAGAUCUUUGUCCCCAUGUGCACUUGCAGUUUUGGAGCAGUGGCUUCUUCCUUGCUGAGCAGCCUUUCAGGUUAUGUCGAUAUAGGACUCAUUUUACUGUGGAUAUAGAUACUUGUCUACCUGUUUCCUUCAACAUCUUCACAAGGUCCUUUGCUGUUGUUCUGGGAUUGAGUUGCACUUUUCGCACCAAACUACGUUUAUCUCUAGGAGACAGAAUGUGUCUCCUUCCUGAUCUGUAUGAUGGCUGCGUGGUUCCAUGGUGUUUAUACUUGCUUACUAAUGUUUGUACAGAUGAACAUGGUACCUUCAGGCGUUUGGAAAUUUCUUCCAAGGAUGAACCAGACUUGUAGAGGUCCACAAUUUUUUAUUUCUGAGGUCAUGGCUGAUUUAUUUUUAUUUUCCCAUGAUGUCAAGCAAAGAGGCACUGUGUUUGAAGGUAGGCCUUAAAAUACAUCCACAGGUACACCUCCAACUGACCCCAAUUAGUUUAUCAGAAGCUAAUUGGCUAAUUGCCUAAAGACUUGACAUAAUUUUCUGGUUCACAGUUAACUUGGUGUGUGUAAACUUCCGACCCACCGGAAUUGUGAUAUAGUAAAUUAAAAGUGAAACAAUCUGUCUGUAAACAAUUGUUGGAAAAAUUGCUCUUGUCAUGCACAAAGUAGAUGUCAUAAACGACUUGCCAAAACUA